GCUUAACAUUGCUGCCAGCAAGCAGGCGGAGAGGAACGGCAUCUAAAAACCGACUUGGAAAAACUACUUAGCGAGCGCCUUGUCUUGGCCUUGAGGGGGCACCAGCAUGAGUCAGGAGUCACUGGAGUCUGAUGGAGACUCUGCUCAGGAUGUGUGUGACUUCAACUGGGAUGACUACCUGGAGGAGACUGGAACCGUAUCUGUGCCCCAUCACGCCUUCAAACAUGUGGACCAGGGUCUACAGACCGGACUGACUCCAGGCAUGAAGCUGGAGGUGUGUGUGCGCUCAGAGGCCGACAGCCCUUACUGGGUGGCCAACAUCAUAACUACAUGUGGCCAGCUGCUGCUGCUACGCUAUGAGGGAUACCAGGAUGACCGGCGUGCCGAUUUCUGGUGUGACAUCAUGACGGCAGACCUCCAUCCGCUGGGCUGGAGCCGCCAGCAGGGCAAGACCAUGAGGGCCCCUGAGGGUGUACGUGAGAAGCACCAGGACUGGGAAGCUCUGCUGGAAAAGGCCCUGGCGGAGGAGUGCAGCGUGCCUGCCAACCUGCUGGAAUUGCCUCAACGUGGUAGAGACCCAGUGGAGCUCCUGUGUGCAGGCUGCUAUGUGGAGCUCCAGGACAGUGCAGACUCGGAGCUGGCCUGGGCUGCUGAGGUGGAGGAGAAUGUUGGAGGGCGACUGAAGCUGCGUCUCGUAGGCACCGAGGGCCUCCCAGACACACCCGCAACUGUCUGGCUCUUUUACCUCCACCCACGCCUCCACCCUCCCGGCUGGGCCAAAGAGCACGGCUGUACCCUCAGGCCUCCCUCAGAUCUGUUGGCACUGCGGACAGAGGAAGAGUGGGAGGAGGUGAAACAGAGGAUCAGUGACCUGCCUCAGGAUGAAGCUCUGACUGCAGAGUUCAGUAAGGAUCAGCCUACCAUCGCUGCUCAUUGUUUCAAGGAAGGGAUGAAACUGGAGGCUGUUGACCCUGCUGCUCCUAUUUCCAUCAGGCCUGCCACUGUCACCAAGGUGUUCGAUGAGCAGUACUUCCGAGUGACGAUGGACGACCUUUGUGGUAUUGAGGAGUCAGAGGCUGCAGGGCGGUCCUUCCUGUGUCACAGAGACAGUCCAGGGAUCUUCCCUGCUCAGUGGAGCCUCAAAAAUGGUCUCCCUCUGAACCCCCCACCAGGAUACCAGGGUCCAGACUUCGACUGGGCAGAUUAUCUGAAACAGUGUGAGGCUGAGGCUGCUCCUCAGCACUGCUUCCCAACUGAGCAGUGUGACCACAUCUUCAAAGAGGCCAUGAAACUGGAGGCUGUCAACCCGUUGUCACCUGAGAACAUUCAUGUGGCAACAGUCACCAGGGUCAAAGGGCAAUACAUUUGGCUCAGCCUGGAAGGACUAAAGCAGCCGAUGCCUGAGCUGAUAGUUCAUGUGGACUCCCUUGACAUCUUCCCUGUCAGCUGGUGUGAGACAAAUGGCUAUCCACUCAUCUAUCCCAUCAAGCCUUCAGUUGAGAAAGAGAGGAAGAUCGCUGUGGUGCAGCCAGAGAAACACAGAACUCCACCGAAGUCUUCGUCACCCGACACUGUCAAGCAGCAGAUGGGCAACCAGUCAGAAACAGGACAGGGGAACGGGAAAUACUGCUGUCCCAAGAUCUACUUUAACCAUCGCUGUUUCUCAGGACCUUAUCUUAACAAGGGACGCAUCGCUGAGCUACCUCAGUUCAUCGGCCCUGGAAACUGUGUUCUCGUGCUCAAAGAGGUAUUGACUCUGCUGAUAAACUCGGCAUACAAGCCCAGCCGUGUGCUGAGAGAGCUGCAGUUGGACCAGGAGAGCCGCUGGCAAGGCCAUGGAGAGACACUCAAAGCCAAGUACAAGGGAAAGAGUUACCGGGCCACUGUGGAAAUCGUCCGCACUGCAGACCGUGUGGCAGACUUCUGCAGGAAAACCUGCAUCAAGCUAGAGUGCUGCCCGAACCUGUUUGGACCACGCAUGGUUCUAGAGCGCUGCUCAGAGAACUGCUCUGUCCUCACCAAAACCAAAUACACAUAUUACUAUGGUAAGAAGAAGAGUAAACGCGUUGGCCGUCCACCCGGGGGCCACUCCAACCUAGAGGGUGGAGUGAAGAGAAGAGGGAGGAGGAGGAAGAGGAGGAAGCAGCUCUUUGUCCAUAAGAAGAGACGCUCUUCAGCCUCCGUGGACAACACACCUGCUGGGUCUCCACAGGGCAGUGGAGAGGAAGAGGAUUUAGAUGAAGAUGACUCUCUGAGUGAAGACUCUGGCUCAGAGCUGCAGGAUGAUCUCCAGGAUGAUUCCGAACAAUCUGUUGGGAAGUCUCAGCCCACCACGCCAACCCCCUCGCCACCAGCAACACCCAGGCCCACACGCAGACGCCGGAAACCCCGUUCACCCUCUUUCUCUGAUGAUGAGAACCGCCCUCCCUCACCAAAGACCUCAAAGACUGAGCCUCCUCAGAAGUUGUGUUUGGACACCAGCCCCCUGGAGUGGAGCGUUACUGAUGUGGUUCGCUUCAUCAGGACCACUGACUGUGCACCUCUUGCAAGGAUUUUCUUGGAUCAGGAGAUUGACGGACAGGCGCUGCUGCUGCUGAACCUCCCAACAGUGCAGGAGUGCAUGGACCUGAAGCUGGGACCGGCCAUUAAGCUGUGCCACCACAUCGAGAGGGUCAAGCUGGCAUUUUAUCAACAGUUUGCUACGUAGCUGAUGGGGAAUGAAGUUUGGACAUGACUACAUCCUAUUCUGUGUAUUAAUCCUGUGAAAACACUGUAUUUUCCCAUUUUGACUUUUCUUACACUGGACAUCCUUUAGAAUCCUGCAUAUACCACAUUGUGUCAGCCAAGCAUGGACAUAAGAGGGAUGAAGCAACAAUUUCCUGGGCCUUGACAAAAAAAACAAACAAAAAAAAACAGCAAAGAAGAAGCGAUGCAUUGGUUGAGAAACAAUUUAGGUGCUCUUUAGGAAAGCAUAGCACAGAGAGGACUGAAAGAGAAGAAUUCAAGGCACUCAUAUGCCAUAGAUAAAUGUAAGAGCCUUAAUUGAAUCCAGCUAAUUUUUCAUUAAUAUAAUCCAUCAUCAUGGACAUGCUUUUAAGCAUGUAAGUUGGUUUUGAGGCAUGUUUUAAUAAGGCCCUUUUUACUUAUUUUUAAAUGUAAUUGUAUCUUCUGAGUGCCUUGGAUUCGCCUCUUUUAUUUCCUCUUUCUUUAUGACAAAGAGUGACUUAGCGCCAGUGCUACAACUCCAUUGGUCUAUUGUAUCCAUUCAUGACUUCCAGCCUGCCUUGCUGUCUCUAAUAGGUGAACAGCACUGAAUCAUGGUUUUCACUUGUCACACUAUGGCCCAGAAUAUUUGGUAUCUGCUAGUCAACAUCUGCUGUUGUCUGCUGGAGUCAGAAAUUAGGUGAUUCUGGUGAUUUCACACUGAAGUCUAAUUUUACUGAAAAGAUAAGUUCAACAUUUUUAGUGCAGGUGAGGUUACACACAGGAUACGACAGCCCACUUACAUUGAAGCACUUAAAACCAAAUAUUGUUUUUCACAAAAUCUGUUAAACUGCAAAAGCUCCAACCUGCAUCCUGAAGCACUGGGAUCCUUAUGGUUUCUAGUUUCAAGAAAUCAUUUGGCCUUUUAAUUAAAAAAAAAGACAAAAUUGUUUGUAUACAGAUAAAACUACAAGGUACAUACAAGUAAUACAGUUUGCAAGUUUCUCAAAAGCCAGAGAUAAUAUUAAAGUACAUGAACUGAUUAUAGUGGAUUUCAAAGAAAAGUCAGUGAGGCAAGACAAGAAAUUUGAUUUUAGUGUGAACACUGGACACAUACAGCACUGACACAUCUGCAUAAAGGGUCCUUUAUCUCAAGAGAUUAAAUUGCUUUCUUGUUCAAGCCUCUAUAAAAAGACCAGUUUACAGUGCAAGGAUUCUGUAAUGCAAGCACAAGCAAAACCAUGUACUGUUAGGUGGUAUGCAAAUAUGACAGUGCAUGUUUGUAUAUAUUGUAUAUACUCAAAUAUCUUCUAGUGCAACAGGGUGAUUAGAAAGAAAAUCUAUUGAGCAAAUAACGUUCUGCAUAAGGAAUGAGCUAAUGCCCUAAAUAUACAGUAUAUUUGCACAGAAUAAACCUGAACCGUCUCAAAUGGGGAGUAUGGUUAAAACAAAUUCAUGAGCCAUAUGAGCCAUUUCAUAUCAUUGAAUAGUCGUUUUUUUUAAUCAAAUUAACUUAAUAAAACGGGCGGUUUUAAAGCAAGAAGAUACUCUCAAAAAUGCUUUUGUAAAUCAGUUCCUAUUUUUACUUGUUCCUGUAGUGCGAAUUAUUGUAAUGUGCUUCAUUUUGUGUGAGAAAAACCUCUGUGGGUUCUUUGUUUACUCAUUUGCUUGUAGUUACAUCAGUACUUAAAGCAAUGGAACAUAUUUUUAUCUCAUGUUUAAAGAUUAAUACUAUUUAAAGAGAACACUGCAAUAAAAACGGCGAACAACGGA